UUUGUCUGUGGUAAAUCCUAAUUCGGAAAUCUAUUCUAUUGUUUUUUUGUUGUUAUUCUAAAGGUUGUUAUUUUAUAAAUAUUUAGUUUAUUCUUUUGGAUUUGGAUAAGACAAAUCUAUGGAAUGAAUGUGAUGCAGUAUUUUUCAUGAUUAGUUUCACUAUUAUUGUCUCUUACUUUACAAACAACUGAUGAAUGUCUAUCAAGCCCAAAAUCAAGAAUGGGCUUUGAAAUCAAAAGGUUUCAAGGUGACGUCGACGAAGAACUCAUUUGUCCUAUCUGUUCAGGAGUUUUAGAGGAUCCUUUGCAGGCACCAGCUUGCGAGCACGCUUUUUGUCGAGCCUGCAUAAAUGAAUGGAUAAGUCGUCAGCCCACUUGUCCAGUAGACCGGCAGGCAGUGACCGCUAGCCAACUUAGACCAGUUCCGAGAAUACUUCGUAACCUACUUUCCAGAUUAUGUACCAGUUGUGAUAAUGCACCUCAUGGAUGCAAUGCUGUAUUAAAAUUAGAUUCUCUGGCUUCACAUUUAGUUGAAUGUGAAUUCAAUCCAAAAAGGCCAAUGCCAUGUGAGGCAGGCUGUGGCUUGGUAAUACCUAAGGAUGAACUGGCGGAGCACAACUGUGUCCGUGAGCUGCGGGCACUCAUCACCAGUCAGCAGGGCAAGCUCACUGAUUUCCAGCAAGAGCUUGCUGAGCAACGACUCAUCAUCAAUGAACAUAAACGAGAAUUGGCAUUACUUAAAGAGUUUAUGCGUGCAAUGCGAAUAUCGAACCCGACGAUGCGCGCUCUCGCCGACCAGAUGGAGCGCGAGGAAGUGAUCCGCUGGGCCAACUCGCUGACACGCGCGCGCGUCACUCGGUGGGGCGGCAUGAUAUCCACACCCGAUGACGUCCUGCAGGUGAUGAUGAUCAAGAGAAGUCUCUCAGAGUCGGGCUGCCCUCCACACAUCAUUGACGAUCUGAUGGAAAACUGCCAUGAGCGUCGGUGGCCACCUGGCCUGUCCUCUCUAGAAACAAGGCAAAACAAUAGAAGGUUGUAUGAGAAAUAUGUCUGCAAAAGAGUGCCUGGGAAACAAGCUGUGCUAGUUCUGCAAUGUGACAACACUCAUGUAGAUGAACAUAUGAUGGUGGAGCCUGGACUCGUCAUGAUAUUUGCUCAUGGUAUUGAAUAACAUGAACAAUGAACUUAACAGUGUGCUAAUUAUUGUUUUUUUAGACAUUAUUAUUAACUAUUUGUGUGAUUUGUACUAUCCGAAAAGUCAUAUCGACACGACUCUCAUUAUGCAAAUUAUGUUGCUUGUUUAGAAUAUAUUUACCAAUUUGAUGUGGUACAAUAUUAUCAGUAAUAAUUUUACUAUUAUAUCAUAAAUUAGAUAUUGGUAUAUGAUUGUGUAAUUUUAGUGUAGCCUGACAAGAAAUAAGACCUUGGUUUAAGGCGAAACAAGUAAUUUAAACAGUUGCUUAAAUAUUACUGACCUGCAGUUUUAACGGAACAGUCAAACUGUUCAGUUAAAUCGUCCGUGUGUUGAUUCUUAUUGAAUAUGCAAUUUCAAAUGUCCAGGAAUUAAAAAAAAACAAUUAUUUUUCUAAUUAUACACUAGUUUGAUAAAUAAAUAAUUAAAUAAUGUUUUUUUUUCUAAAAGUAAGUAUUAUGUUACAUUUUAGUGUUAAUUAGCCUUCGAAAAUUACUAAAAUUAUUUAUUUUAAAAUUGACCUGGGUUGAGUAUUUUAUUAGAUCCUUUAUCUUUGUGAGAUGUAUGUAGGGAAUAUGUGGCCUUUUCGAAAUUGCAUAUUCAAUUGUACCUACAGUUUUUUCUAAUGGUCUUGAUUGAAAUUUCGAUGAGAUAAACCUACAGUUAAAACUAAAUGUCUGUAGUGCGGAUUAGUAUGCUAAUGGAAAAAAAAUAUACAUAUUCUUUUAUUUUCGCAACAUACAAGGAUUUUUAUUUUUCUGAGCAGGUUAUAUUAUGAGAAUAUUGUUGUCAUGUUUAAAAUUAUGUAACAUUCCUGAAAAAAAAACAAGUUUAAUACUAAAGAAUUCUCAGGAUUUUUUUACUAUUUUAGACUAGUGACUGAGUGCUGUGUUAUGUUGUAAAAAUAUUGCAAAGUGGUAUGGUAUUUUCAUGUUGAACAAAAUUUUAAUUUGGGGAAAUUAAUUAUUGUUUUGUAAUGUCGUCAUGUUCUCAAAAUUUUUGCAUAUUGUGAUAUUAUUUCCUCAAUUAUUUCUGCAGUAUAAUGUUGGCUUGAUUAAUUAUAUUUUAGUAAAUUCUAAAUAAAA